GCGCAGGACAAUCAGCGAAAGUGAAUGAAAAUGAAGGUAUUACUUGUGACUAUAUUUGCUGUUGGGAGCGUGCUAGCAGAGGCUCCAUACCCUCCCAGUGGAUGGAGACCCAAUGGACCAGCUUUCGACCUGCCUCAGAGAGUACCGUCUCAGGUGCCACAAAAACAAGAAUACCUACCGCCACCCGUUGAUCCCCGUCGCCCCACAAACCGUAACUACGAUGACGGCGCCGAUGUAUCCGUCCAAGGCUUGCCAACACAGGAACAACAGCCAAUCUUCCAAUUGUCACCGGUCAAUGGACAGCAAUAUAAUGGACCCAGAGUAAAUUCCGACAUAAGGAAUUUGGAUCCGAGCUUGCAGCAGGUUCAGUACCAGCAGCAACUGCAAAAAGCCCAAGAGUUCGCAAGACAGAGGGAGUACGAUGCCCACCAGAAACAACCGUGGAACGGCCUACCCACCAACCAGUCCCCACGACAAUUCGUUCCAACAACUCAAAAACCUGAACAAAAAACAAAUCAACCUGAAUACAAAUACUCUUCACCAGACUCAACCAUUGAACCCCUUGAUCUUAACCAGGGAGAAGAAUUAGACGAGGAACCUAAAGAAAAUGCAGAAAAAGUAUCAGUUGAAGUAUCGAAGCAGAAUAUCCAAGAAUAUCCGCCAGAACUUUUCUUAAGUCCAUUAACUCAAUUGAAGGUACAACAACAGCUCGUGCCUCUUCGAUUUGGACAGCUGCAAGCCCAAAUAUAUUACCAACCUGCGGCUGGUCAAGGCUUUGAUGGCCCAGCACAUCUUAACGCCCUUCCAUCAGUAUUAGCCCAACAGCAAUCUGCUGUACAGAACCAAUAUCCUCAAGCUCCCAUUAUUGUUCAAGAACCAGUGAAUCAAUAUCAACCAGAGCAAGCCUAUCCUCAAUCAGCGCAACCAGUAGCUCUUCAACCCCAACCCAUAAGCCAAGCGCAACCUAAUUAUAUCCAAUUGGCUCCAGCAAAUCAAUACGCCCAAUCUAAGCCAGAUCAACAAGUUCUUGUUCAACCUAAUCAGCUGGCACAACCAAAUCAGUUCCCGCAAUCAAGCUACGUUGCCCCAGCUACCUAUCAACCAGCUCAAUUUGCACAACCAGGGCUUGCAGUGCAAGCUAGCUAUCAACCUUCCCAAUUCGCACAACCAAAUCAGCUCCCGCAACCAAGCUACGUUGCUCCAGCUAGCUAUCAACCAGCUCAAUUUGCGCAACCUGGACUAACAGCGGAAGGUAGCUAUCAACCUUCCCAAUUCGCACAACCAAAUCAGCUCCCGGAACCAAGCUACAUAGCUCCAGCUAGCUAUCAACCAGCUCAAUUUGCGCAACCUGGACUUACGCCGGAAGCUAGUUAUCAACCUUCUCAAUUCGCACAACCAAAUCAGCUCUCGCAACCAAGCUACGUAGCUCCAGCUGACUACCAAUCAAAUCAAUAUGCGCAGCCAGGAUUCGCAGCGCAAGGAAGUUAUCAACCCUCCCAAGUUGCACAACCAAAUCCCCAAACUGAUACAGAAAAUAUUCAGCCUGUUCAACCAGCACAACCGCAAAUUGUGUAUCAAACCUAUCAGCCUCAAUACUACCAGCCUAACCCAUACCAAGCUGGACACUUCAACCAAGACCCAAACCAAUACCAAGCUGAGACAAGCCAGUUCCAAAACCCGGACGCGUUACAAAGUGGCCUGAAUGAUCCACAGCAUAACGGGAUUGAUGAUGGUGAUAAUGAUGAUGAAAGAGAAGAAGAUGAAGGUACAAAAGCAACUGCAGUGGCAACAGCUUUUGGGACAAGGACACAACCGCGCGUUAUAUCCCAGUAUGGCGUACCAGUUCCUGCUUACCAAACUACGACAGAACAAGCCCAGGAUAAUAAUACUGAGGAUAGCGUCGCGGUCGCUCAAGCUACUGCAGUUGCAAAUGGUAGAAGGAAAAGUGCCAAGUUGAGACAAAGACGUAUUAGACCAGUGUUCACCGUAGACAGAUCAGGACAUCUCGUACUAGCUCAGGAGCAAUAAGAAGUGAUUUAAAAAUUAAUGAUAAAAUAUCUAACACGCUGUAAAUAUUUGGAAUUACCAGGAAAAAUUAUAUCAAAAUUCUAUUUUAUUUUUACUUUUUUGGACAUACGUUGAUUCAAUUAGUCUCUAGUUUUUUUUUAUUAUCGGUUAUUAUCUUACUUAAGUAAGGGUUUUCUAUAAUGUACAAAGAUUCUGUUUCAUAUAAUGUCUGCUAAUCUAAAACUACAAACUAGAAUCUCGACAUAAAUUGAACGCACUGGUAAACCUACUUAACCAUGAUAAUUAUAAAAAUAUUAAAACAAAUACACAAUUGAACUAAAUAAAUUAAUAACAUCAUAAUAUAUUUAUACAUACUAGCUUUUACCCGUAACAAGUUACUUUGGGCAGUAUCUUAUAUUUUCUGAUGUACUCACUUUGCCAAUAUAUAUUACCAACUAUGGAACUUUCAUCCACCUUUUUCAUACCCACACAGGUCUAAAUUUUAAAAACGCGAGAACAGAUAUUUAUUUAUUUCUUAUCAUUUGCCUAAAUACAAAGUUUCAUUGUGUUAUCUUCGAUAAUCGAACUUUCAUACAAACUUCCAGCCCCAUUUUAUCCCACCAAGCCUUUUAUUGCCGAUAAAAGGUUCGCGGUAAAAGCCAAUUUCCUUUCUCAAGCUCUUGUGUAUGUCUGUACAAAAUUUCAAUUAUUUAAUAUAAUAUUCAAAUUUAUUCUUUUCUAAUUAAGUAGUUUUACUAUGUUUUUGUAUGUAUGUAGUCUGUCACUAUUGCUUAUACAGGUUGUCCGAGAAGUUGACGUCCAAAGCUAAAAUUUGAAAGCCUCAUGGUGAUGAGUAUCCGAAUCACCCCUAUGUAUGUUCUAAGAUUUUGCGUAGUUUAGGAGAUAAUAUUUGUUUUCCCUUUUUACCCGCUUUUUUCACCUAAUUGUGGUUUAGGACGUUUUUCUAUUUUUUUAAACACUUUUAGUUAAUUUUAUUGUUGAUAAUUAUUAACUACAGUUGCAAUAACCACAUAAGAAACUGUGAAUAGUUUAGACAAUGCGGAACUAGUUUAGAAUUGAGUCAUAAGUUCAAGAUAACUGCUCCAGCUAAAUUCAUGAAAAUUUUCAAGGUAUCAAAAAAAUAAAAUAAAAUGGGGAGCCUAUGGCUUCUAACUAUUUUUAAAAACUUCCCAGAAUAUUGGCCAGUAAAAUGAACCAAAUUAAAAUUUUAACUUUGGAUGUCAACUUCUCGGCCACCCUGUAUAUAAAAUUCUCGUGUCUCGGUGUGUCUCUUGUUACCAAACUCCUCCGAAACGACUGAACCGAUUUCUAUGAAAUUUUGUGUGCAUAUCGGGUAGGCCUGAGAAUCGGUCAAAAUCUGACCCAUAUUCAACAUAUUUCUUAAAUUUUUUGACAAUUUUUUUUAUUUUUUAUUUUAUUAUGAUUCAGUAUUGAAAAAUACAUAAAACCUUAAAAAUUUUUGUAUCGCAAUUUUUUUAUUAUUCUGUUAUUUCCACAAAACUGCUAUAGAGUUGCAAGCUGGCAAUCUAAUACAAUAAUUAUUGUAGUACGAUAUAUUUGUUAGGUCUGAGAAUCGGUCGUCAUCUAUUUUUUGUACACCAAAAAUUUUAAUUAUUGAUUUUUUUUUAUUACUUAAAUGACAAUACAACGUUUACUGGGUCAGCUAGUUUACUAUAAAUUUAACUUCAUUUAACUAUACCACAUAAAAUACAAAUAUUGUUAUUAGAAUUUCAGUUUCAUUAAAAAAUUUACAUAUUGUAUUAUUUAAUAUUAUUUAUGUAUUUUUAUUAUAAUGUUAACAAUUUAUCUAUACUACUACAUAUUAUGACUGUAGAUAAAAAAAAAUUAUUUCCGAAAGAUAUUUCAAAAGGAUAUCAAAUUCUUAUUAAAAAAACAGAAAACUUAUUACUCUCUCUAAUAUUUAACACCGAAUACCUACUAAUAUAAUUUUUGUUUUAAGUAGAUAUUAUUGUAAAUUUAUAAAUUGUUAGGUAUGUAUAUAUAUAUCUCAUAAUUAUGAUGGUAAUUUAUUUUUAAAAGGACUUUCAAAGGUUCUGUUUCAUCAAAAUAUUGUGUAUUUGUAAGAAACAUAAAAAAAACAUUGUCGUCAUAUUCAUGUAUUAUAUCAUAUAUCUCAUAGACUACCCUUACUUAAUCGAUUUUUACCUAAAUGUCUUAUUAAUGUAACAAUUUAUAAUAAAGUCAUAUUAAACGUUAAUUAAUAAUUGUCAAAUCCGACAAUCCGCAAAAUUUGUAAAUUUUAAUAAAGGUGUCAAACAGUUAUUCUGA